GGCAUCUUCUACGAGAUCAACAACAGGAAGGGUUCUUGCAAGAAGAGGCCUCUAUUGUCAUCGCUCCACCCGAUGGAGGUGCAGCCCAACAUGACGGAUAUCGGGGAGAUGUACCUGGGCAGCCGAGCAGAUAGUGGACAGGGGAUUAAUAUGAGGAACUGGCUGAAGAUAUUACCUGAUUACAGUGGGUUUGUGGUCACCACCAGUUCUGUUGGCUGCCUCACUCUCAGCUCCGUCCUCUUCACGCAGUCCAAGGAGCUCCUGAUUUUCAGCUUUACCGAGGUCACCAAGGCGAUACCUGACCCCGAGGCGUUCGUCCCUCCAGCAGUGUGCGAUGACGUGCCUUUGGAACCCGAGGGGAACACCUUAUUCGGGGUCUUUCUAGAUCAAGCAAGAUCUUCACUAUUCACCGAACCCUUACCUAAAUACUAAGGAGACAAAGAUGAGUGGGACACACAUCACUGAACAGUAGCCGAGAGGUUGGAGCACACUGGAGCUUAGUUUUUAGGCUUUUAUUAUGUGAAAACACCCGACUAUUCAACCUGUCCGAGAUCUUUCUAGAUCAAGCAAGAUCUUCACUAUUCAAUGAACCCUUACUAAAAAUACUAAGGAGGAAAAGAUGUUGGCUAUCUGCUAAAGCAAUCUGUUAUUAUUGUUAAGUUUUACCUGGCAGGUUUGAAUAGUUGUUGCUAAGUAACUAACCUGUUGUACCAUGAGGAUAUGUGGUUGAAGAGGUGUAUAUCAUUCUUAUACACUGUGGAGGAACCUUAAUAAAUGUGCAGGUGAUAUGUGGUCACUAUGGAGGAACCUUAAUAAAUGUGCAGGUGAUAUGUGGUCACUAUGGAGGAACCUUAAUAAAUGUGCAGGACCAGGUGUUAUGUGGUCUCCUUCCCAUGGCUGUUUCAUGCUGUGACCCUCAAUCAACAAGUUAAUUGCCAGGGGUCUAUACUACAAAGCUGGUUCAGGAGUAAACCAAGUUAAGUUCAGAGGUAAAUUAUCGAAUAGAAGAGCUUGGAGUCCUCAUGUUCGAA